GGGCGAUCAUGCCGGCGCAGACGCCCCUCGCGGCCGGGAGACGGUAGUCCGGGACAGUCGGCUCUCAGGUUACAGCGCGUCCUCCCCGCCUCGGACCCCAGGGGCCGGCGCCACCCCGCCGCGGUGUGCGGCUGGGACGCGAGGAGGAGCGCGGUCGGCGCCGCCUGGGACGGGGGAGUGGACGUUCCCGCCCCGGGCAGCGGCCAGGCGGCUCCGCAGUUUAUUAUGGAAGAUUCCCACAAGAGCAACACUUCCGAGACUGCAUCUCAGCCUGGCUCCACAGUUCCGGGAACUCACAUUUCUCAGAUAGUCCAUCAGGUGUCGUCUCUGUCAGAGAGUGAGGACUCUCAGGACUCGUCUGACAGCAUUGGCUCCUCACGGAAAGCUCACGGGAUCCUGGCCCGCCGCCCGUCGUACAGGAAAAUUUUGAAAGACCUCUCUUCUGAAGACACACGGGCCAGAAAAGGAGACGGAGAAAACCCUGGCAUUUCUGCUGUUACUUCUAUGUCUGUCCCAGCCCCCAUCUAUCAGACCAGCAGUGGACAGUACAUUGCCAUUGCCCCAAACGGAGCCUUACAGUUGGCCAGCCCAGGCACAGACGGGGUCCAGGGACUGCAGACAUUAACCAUGACAAACUCAGGCAAUACUCAGCAAGGUACAAUCCUCCAGUAUGCGCAGACCUCUGAUGGACAGCAAAUACUCGUCCCGAGCAACCAGGUGGUUGUCCAGAGUAAGUGUGCUUCAUUGUCUCCAGGCGGGCCACGGUCCUUCUGAGCAUCGCAUGACCACUAACUCCUGCCUUGCUCUGCAGCUGCCUCAGGAGACGUGCAGACCUACCAGAUCCGCACCACACCAUCUGCCACGUCACUGCCACAGACUGUGGUGAUGACUUCUCCUGUGACACUCACAUCCCAGACAACGAAGACUGAUGACCCCCAACUGAAAAGAGAAAUCCGGCUGAUGAAAAACAGAGAAGCCGCCCGAGAAUGCCGCCGGAAGAAGAAAGAGUACGUGAAGUGCCUGGAGAACCGCGUGGCCGUUCUUGAAAAUCAGAAUAAGACUCUAAUAGAAGAGCUAAAAACUCUGAAGGAUCUUUAUGCUCAUAAAAGUGUUUGAUUCUUUAAAGAGAAAGUAUUUUUGUGGACUUGCUUAAAAACUAGGUGGAUUUCUUUUAGUGGAGUUCUAUAAAUUCAAAAGUCAAAGCAGCC